AUGCGCGCCUGGAUCCGCCGACGGCGCGGCCCCGCGAGCGCCGUCCUCGAGCUCGCCGACAACAUCCCCACCCCCGCCGCCCCAGAGCCGUCAUCAUCCGACGUGCUGAUCCGCGUCUCGCACGUAUCGCUGCAAUACAGCAGCGAGUUGGGCAUGAAACUCAUCCCCGCCUACCUUCCGCCCUUCAUCACCGGGCCCUGCAUCCCCGAGCUCGAGCUCUCGGGCGAGGUGGUGGCCGCGGGCGGGGGCGCGCCCGCCGAGGUGCGCUCGCCGGGCACGCGUGUCAUCGCGUUCCAGCACGUCCCAAGCAUGGUGGCCGGCCGGGGCGUGCUGGCCGAAUAUGUGCGCCUGCCGGGGGGCAAUGUCGCGCGUAUCGAGGUGAGGGGACCCGACGGCCGGGAGAUGGCGGCCGCGUCGGGCAUCAAUGGCGCCGGCAGCACCGCGCUCAAGCUGAUUCGCACGGCGGGGCUGCGCGAGGGGCAGACCGUGCUGGUGAAUGGUGCCAGCGGGUCGGUCGGGUCGGUGCUGGUGCAGCUGUGCAAGCUGCGCGGUGUCAGGGUGGUCGGGGUGGCGAGCGGUGCUAAUGAGGAGAUGGUGCGCGGUCUGGGGGUCGACGAGUUCAUCGACUACCGGAAACACGAUCCGCUACCGGCCUAUCUGGCGCAGCACUACAGCGACAAGCCCUUCGACUUCAUACUCGACUGCGUCGGCUCCCAGGCGCUGUUUGUCCAGUCCCCCGCCUAUCUCAAGCCCGAGGGCGCGGUCAUCAACAUCGGGGCGCUCGAGGGUUUCGCGCGGACGGCGUUCAGUGUGCUGUCGAACUACUGGCUGCCCACGUGGCUGGGCGGUGUGCCGCGCCGCUACAUCAUGUUCAGCACGCCCCCUCGGCGCGACGACGCGGUCCACCUAACCCGCCUGGUCGAGGAGGGCCGCUUGCGCAUCCCUGUCGACUCUGUCUUCGAGAUGGAGGAUGCCCUGCGCGCCUACGAGCGCAUCGCCACCAAGCGGGCCCGCGGCAAGGUUGUGGUCAAGGUGCGCAGGGGUUAG